AGUUUUUCCUUUAGUUAUCUCCACUUCCACAUCUAGUGAAGGCAUGUCGACAUGUCGGCGAAGCGGUUCCUUCUCACACCGACGUUAACCGUUGUGUUACAUCACGAACUAACGGUAGCUACCGGCACAUCACACACAUCCACAUCCGCUGCGUUGUCCCAGCUGGGUAACUGCUCUGUUAGCUGCACAGCCGGUUGAAGACGUUGAGGAGAUGGAGACCAGAACGUUAACGGAGUGAAACCCGAAAUAAUGGAUCUCUUCGUCUCCUGUGUUGAGCCAGGUGCUAACAGUACCUGUAGUUAUUAACAGAGCGCGAGUUAUAACAUGAGCAGAUAUGAGAUUUUAUUAAUUGAAACAUGUUACGUCACACGUGUUCGGCUGUGUGAACAGAAAGUAGUCCGAGUGCACAGUUCACGUCCCAGGUCCCCAUCCUGCGCGCUCUGAACGAGGAAGUUCAGUUGACAAACGAGAGGAAGCUGAAUCUUUCGCCUCGACGUAGCUUCCCCAGUGACGUUUAACAACUGAGCGACAGUUUAACAUGUACGUGUCCAUGUGUUCUCCUGGUAAAUAGGUCGUAAAAUUAUCCCAGUGGAGAAUUACCUCUCAGAUUCAACAAUGGCAGUUUAAAACGCCCAUACGGCUCCGCCUUCCGGUUACACCAGCUCAUCCCUUUCUCUCUUUCGUCAUUCUAUUUCCCUUCCAAUAUAUAAUUGUUCUGUUCUUUCACCUCGUCCCAGUUUCUGGUGCAGGAACCAGUCUGUUUUAAUUACCCCAUCUGAGUAUUGGCCGAAGGCUGUUUAACCCCUUACAAUGGGUGCCGAGGUAAACUCUGCAUCUCAGGAAAGCGGUGUGCGGCUGAAGCAGGAGAUUUCCCUCCUCCAAGGGGUUUGUCUGAUCGUGGGAAACAUGAUAGGCUCCGGUAUCUUCGUCUCACCUAAGGGGGUUCUCAUGUACACAGGCUCAUUUGGUCUUUCCCUGAUCGUGUGGGCCCUUGGGGGGGUAUUUUCCGUGUUUGGAGCGUUGUGCUAUGCUGAGCUGGGUACUACCAUCCGUAAAUCAGGAGCCUCCUAUGCCUACAUCCUGGAGGCCUUUGGAGGUUUCGUGGCUUUUAUACGACUGUGGACGUCCUUGUUGAUCGUUGAGCCAGCUUCUCAGGCAGUUAUCGCUCUGACCUUCUCCAACUACCUGGUCCAGCCCGUCUACCCCAGCUGUCCUGUCCCUUAUGUUGCCGUCCGCCUCCUCGCUGCGUUCAUCAUAUGUCUGCUGACUUAUGUGAACUGUAUGAAAGUGAAAUGGGGUGCUAUUCUUCAGGUCAUCUCCACCGUAGCGAAGGUCCUAGCGCUCAUUGUCAUCAUCAUUACUGGCCUGGUUAAGCUCGGACAAGGUUUUGACCAGAACUUUGAGGACUCAUUCAAAGGCUCCAAACUGAACCCUGGGGACAUGGCCCUGGCCUUCUAUUCAGCACUUUUCUCCUACUCUGGCUGGGACACACUGAACUUCAUCACAGAGGAGAUCAAAAACCCAGAGAGGAAUCUUCCCUUGUCCAUCGGCAUUUCCAUGCCCAUUGUCACUGUGAUCUACAUCUUGACCAACGUCGCUUACUACGUCGUCAUGGAUGUAGACACGGUGCUCAACAGUGACGCCGUCGCUGUGACAUUUGCGGAUGAGGUGCUGGGCUGGGCUCGAUGGCUGAUCCCUCUGUCUGUGGCCAUAUCCUGCUACGGAAGCCUCAACUCCUCCAUUAUCGCUGCCUCCAGGUUGUUUUUUGUUGGUUCCAGAGAAGGCCACCUGCCCAAAGUGCUGUGCAUGAUCCACAUUCAGAAUUUCACCCCAAUUCCUGCCCUGCUUUUCAAUGGUGCCAUGUCUCUGAUCUUCCUGUCUGUGCCGGACGUUUUCCAGUUAAUCAACUACUUUAGUUUCAACUACUGGUUGUUCAUCGGCUUGUCAAUAGCCAGCCAGAUCUACCUGCGCUUCAAAGCUCCCGAUCUGCACCGGCCUGUCAAGCUCUCUUUGUUCUUCCCAUUUGUCUACUGCUUUUGCAGCAUAUUCCUGGUUGUGGUUCCCCUCUACAGUGACACCAUCAACACGUUGGUGGGGAUUGCUGUGGCAUUGUCCGGUGUACCGGUCUACUACGUGUGCAUCUACUUGCCAGCUAGCUCUCGACCAGCCUUCUUCGGGAAAAUGCUCGAUCAGAUCUCUCUGUACACCCAGAAACUGUGCCUGUGUUGUGGGACAUCGCCUGAUAUCGACCUGGACAAUUUAGACCCAGAGAAGAUCGAAUAACGAAGCAACAGAACCCUUGUGUGAAAUGCUGUACGGAGAGAUGGAAGAGGAAGAAUGUACACGGAGGAGGUGGAGAGCUGCAGACAAUUAGGAUUUAGAUGAGAAGAGGAUGAAGAAACUGGAGAGGUGAGCUCAACACACCUCUCCCUUUCCUUCUCUCUCAUGCACAGGCAUAUUUAUAUUUAUAUAUAUAUAUCCUGUGUUUAUAAAUAAAUACAGGAUUAUACAUGAUGCUCCGUACAACCCUCCAAACAGCGCUCUGUGUAACCUGAGCACUGUUACACAAUGCGGUGUCACUCCCUCCACUCGUGUGUCUCUGCAGCUCUCGGCACAUUAGCUGACGGAAAGCUUUAGGGUGACACACAAAUAUAAAGUAACCUGAUCGACAAGGAAGUGUCUCUGCAAACCUGCUCCAGGUACAUUUUUCACAAUCGGACACAUUUUGAACGUGUUUGUGUUGCGUCUCAUGUUAACAGAUUGUGUUGCUGUCGCUCAUUUGAAUGCGUGAAAGAUGAGCAUGGCGGGUGGAAACCUUGUGACCCCGUUUGAAACGACACUCAUGGCCCCUUAUCACAGGUUAAUGACGGCCAAUACCAUGGCCUCAUCAGGGGUAAUAAUUAUUCUGACCCCCUUGUCAGGGGUCAUAAUAAUUCUGACCCUGAUUCUUGCAGCCUAAUGAGGUGCAAGACUUGAAGACCCUCCAACUGCUUGUGUGUACAUGUGUUGAUGUGGAUGCAGACCAGUGUGUAGCACUUGAAUGUGUUCCAGUUCAUCUUUUAGUUUGAGUUUUAAACAUCAUCUUAAUCGCGUGGCAGCCAGACGAUGUCCAAAAACUUUGUUCUUAGGUUUUUUUUGACAGACUUCUGAAAUCUGCACAUCACAUUUGUGUUUUCUGUUUUGUUGUUCAACUACCUUGAUUAUAGAAAAGCUUUAUUCUAAUAUAUGUCUGUACUGGAUGACCAAAUAUAUAGAUCUUUAAUAAUUAGCUUGACGAGAAGAGAUUAUUACCAAAAGUGCUGUUACUUUUUGAAAACUUUUUAUGUGUCGGUUGACGGAAUGUGAUAUAUAUACACAUGAUGUAUCCGUCGGUUCAUCCUAUUUCUGUUCCUUGAUAAACCUUUGAAUGCA